AUGAAUAUUGCUACACGCGAUGGGCGAGAGACCCCCGCGAAGGAUGAGGCUAUUUUCCGCUCUGCAGAGAUGUCGCUGCUGCAAUUUUAUAUUCCGCAGGAGAUUGCGAGGGAUGCAGUGUACACGCUGGGGAACCUUGGGUGUGUCCAGUUCCGUGACUUGAAUGCCAAGACGAACGCGUUUCAAAGAUUGUACGUGAACGAAAUCAGGAAGUUGGAUAACCUGCAGAGACAGUACAGGUAUUUCUCAACGCUUUUGCAAAAACACGGCGUACAACUCUUGGAGAGUGAGGAUUCUGCAGAGGGGAGUAGAUUUGAGCCACCGAACUCGACGAAGAUCGAUGACUACAUGACAGAUGGGAACAUCUUGGAAAGCAGACUGGUUAAGAUGGAAGACGCACUGGAUUUGAUCCAGCGGCAGAAAGCUGAUUUGGAAAUGUACAGGUACGUUCUACAAAGCGGUGACCAGUCUUUUCUAAGGGACAGUAAUGACAAUCCCUCUCAAAGAAGAGAUAGUAUUGAUUUUGAGGCUGCAACGUCUGGGCAACAUCCUGUCAGUUACGUCACAGGUGUGAUCUCUAGGGAGAAGAUCGGUACUUUAGAGCAAAUUUUGUGGAGGGUGCUGAGAGGGAACUUACUAUUUGACCACGUCGAGAUCGAGCCUUUGAUUUAUGACACAAAGACCAAGGAGUUUGAGGCUAAGAACGUCUUCAUUGUGUUCUCUCAUGGUGACUUGAUUUUGAACAGAAUUCAAAAGAUCGCAGAAUCUUUGGACGCCAAAUUAUACGACGUUGAUAAAUCCGGGGUUGUUCGUUCCGAGAAACUGAACACGGUUAACUCCAACUUACAAGAUUUGUACCAGGUCCUUAACACCACGACAACCACACUCGAGAGUGAGUUGUACGCUAUCUCCCGCGAAUUGAAUCUGUGGUUCCAAACGGUGUGCAAGGAAAAGGCCAUUUUUGAGAGUUUGAACAUGUUCAACUUUGAUGUUAACCGUAAAACGUUGAUUGCGGAAGGUUGGGUACCACAAGAUGAGAUCAUCUCUUUGCAGAACUCGUUGAACGAAAUGACUACCUUGUUGGGGAUUGACGUCCCCUCUAUUAUCCAAGUGUUGGAGACCAACAAAACCCCCCCAACUUAUCAUAGAACCAACAAGUUUACCGAGGGGUUCCAAAAUAUUGUCGAUUGUUAUGGUAUUGCACAAUACCGUGAGAUCAAUGCAGGUCUCCCUACUAUUGUGACAUUCCCCUUCAUGUUUGCCAUUAUGUUUGGUGAUCUGGGCCACGGGUGUUUGAUGGCACUGGCUGCUCUAGUUCUUGUCCUGAAUGAGAAGAAGAUUGGGAAAAUGAAGAGAGGCGAAAUCUUUGACAUGGCGUACAGCGGUCGGUACAUCGUCUUGCUGAUGGGUGUGUUCUCUAUGUACACUGGGUUUCUUUACAACGAUAUUUUCUCCAAGACAAUGACUUUGAUGCCAUCAGGCUGGAAAUGGCCCGACCGUUGGGAAGUAGGCCAGCAGAUUGAGGCUAAACAAGUCGGCGUCUACCCUAUAGGGUUAGAUUCAGGCUGGCACGGAGCGGAAAACGCAUUAUUGUUUUCUAACUCUUACAAGAUGAAACUCUCCAUUUUGAUGGGGUUUAUCCACAUGACUUACUCCUACUUUUUCUCCCUAGUGAAUCACUUGUAUUUCCAUUCGAUGAUUGACAUUAUCGGUAACUUCAUCCCCGGGCUGAUUUUUAUGCAGGGGAUAUUCGGGUACCUAUCCGUUUGUAUCGUUUACAAGUGGUCCGUCGACUGGAUCAAAGACGAAAGACCAGCGCCUGCUCUUCUAAACAUGUUAAUCAACAUGUUCUUGUCCCCAGGUAACAUCGAUGCUGAGCUGUAUCCACACCAGGCAAAGGUGCAAGUGAUAUUGCUCGUUUUAGCUUUGAUUUGUGUCCCAUGGCUAUUAUUGGUAAAGCCAUUACACUUUAAGAUGACUCAAAACCGCAAGGGACAAAUACAACUACCCACAGAAGAUCCUGAACAGCAACAGCUUGCACCACUGAGUGAUGCUGAAAAUGAGGACGACGAAGCGGAAGGGGCCGGCCAUGGCCACGGGAGUCCAGAUUUUGGUGAUGUGAUGAUUCACCAAGUGAUCCACACAAUCGAGUUCUGCUUGAACUGUGUCUCGCACACGGCCUCGUACUUGCGUCUUUGGGCGCUUUCCCUGGCUCACAACCAGCUGUCAUCUGUUUUGUGGACGAUGACAAUCCAGAUCUCCUUUGGAGUCCCCGGUCUCCUUGGUGUCUGCAUGACUGUUGGUUUGUUUGCCAUGUGGUUUGUGCUUACGUGCUGUAUUCUGGUUGUUAUGGAAGGAACCUCUGCCAUGCUGCACUCGUUGCGUUUGCAUUGGGUUGAGUCCAUGUCUAAAUUUUUCGUCGGGGAAGGUAUUGAGUACCUACCCUUCAAGUUUCAGUACGAGGAACUGGCAGUGGCCUCAUCUACUUAA